UUUAUUUUUUUUUGUAGAUUACAAAGAAAACGCGCAAAUAUAUUUAUCAAAAACCUAAGACCUUCUAACUACAUUUUUUGUUAGUAAGAAAAUUCUACUUCUUCGUGGAAGAUCCUUUUAUUCAUAUUAACAUCAGCAUCUGUGGCUCACUCAUCUCUCACCAAUUUUUAAUAAAAGAAGGUCAAAAAUAUGAAUGCCAAUAUCAAUAUGGUAAACUUUCUUCUCUUCUUCAUGACUUUCUGGUUGAUCAUACAAAAUUUUGAUAAAAACAUUCCGAAAUUUACAAGUCUUAGAAAAUUCUGCGAUAAUAAAUCAUGGAAUUUUAAUAACAGAAGUAAAGGUCUAAUUUUGUCCAUUGACAAUACAGUAAUACAUCAGCACGCUUAUUUCGCAUCUCAGAAAAUGGAUUUGGGACAUACUAAACACUUGCUUCCAUUCCAUAAUUUUGCAAACAUUUCAAACGUAGACGACUUGGUGUUUAAGGUCUUUUGCUAUACAACAGAUGCACUAAUUGUUAUUUCACUUCUAACUAACUUUAUCAGUUUUGGAAUAAGUAUUGGCAGUGAAUUUUCGAAAGAUUUGCUUCGACAAAGUACAAGCCGUUUUGCUAUUAAGGAACCGUUGCAACUUGCAAUUCCAAUUCUUCAGGGAAUAAUUACAACAGAAAUUGUCACGAAAACCUCAAAACUUAUAACGAAACCAGUAAUGGCAAAAGUUAAUUUUUCUCCGACUGAUCGAAAAGAACUCUACUUUCAAUUCUCUGAGGGCAGACAUUCUUUAAUAGAUGAUCAGCUUAUUGAAAAAUGUAAUGAGACUACCGCAAUGCACAUUUUAAAACAUUAUAGCUUUUCUAGACUUCAAGAGUUACAUUUUUUUGCGCUGGAUCUCAACAAAUUUGAAUUCGCUCCUACAAAAUACGAUAAUCAAUGGCUAAAUAAUCCUAAGUUGUAUGAAAAAUUAAGGUUUUAUUCGUACGUAGAAAUUGGGUUAUACAAAAGGAAAGCAAUUGAACGUAUUGAAAAUAUUUAUAGCCAAGAAGAUAUUAGUUUAAUAAACAUUCCCCCAGGAUCUGCGUUUGAUGAUUAUAUGGCUAAUCAACUAUUCCACACUAUUUCCUUUGACGAUUAUUAUGCGAUAAGAAUUUUUUUGUCUAAUCCUAAUGCAAACACAGAUAUUGAUACUCCUGAUGUUUGGAGAAUAAAAAAAGCUAUUUAUAGCUUAGCAAUUCGACAGUACGAUUCAUUUAAAAAAGCAGAAAACAAGCAAAUAAUACUGUAUUGCAAAAAAACGAAUGACAUUAAAAAAACUACUUUCGUUAAAAUUACAAAGAAAACGCGCAAAUAUAUUUAUCAAAAACCUAAGGCCUUCUAACUACAUUUUUUGUUAGUAAGAAAAUUCUACUUCUUCGUGGAAGAUCCUUUUAUUCAUAUUAACAUCAGCAUCUGUGGCACACUCAUCUCUCACCAAUUUUUAAAAAAAGAAGGUCACAAAUAUGAAUGCCAAUAUCAAUAUGGUAACUUUUCUUCUUUUUUUCAUGUCUUUCUGGUUGAUCAUAAAAAAUUUUGAUAAAAACAUUCCGAAAUUUACAAAUCUUAGAAAAUUCUGCGAUAAUAAAUCAUGGAAUUUUAAUAACAGAAGUAAAGGUCUAAUUUUGUCCAUUGACAAUACAGUAAUACAUCAGCACGCGGAUUUCUCAUCACAGGAAAUGGAUUUGGGACAUACUAAACACUUCCAUCUAUUCCGAAAUUUUGCAAACAUUUCAAACGUAGACGACUUGGUAUUAAAGGCCUUUUACUAUACAACAGAUGCACUAAUUGUUAUUUCACUUCUAACAAACUUUAUCAGUUUUGGAAUAAGUAUUGGCAGUGAAUUUUCGAAAGAUUUUCUUCGACAAAGUACAAGCCGUUUUGCUAUUAAGGAACCGUUGCAACUUGCAAUUCCAAUUCUUCAGGUAAUAAUUACAACAGAAAUUGUCACGAAAACCUCAAAACUUAUAACGAAACCAGUAAUAGCAAAAGUUAAUUUUUCUCCGACUGAAAGAAAAGAACUCUACUUUAAAUUCUCUCUGAGCAGAUCUUCUUUAAUAGAUGAUCACCUUAUUGAAAAAUGUAAUGAGACUACCGCAAUGCACAUUUUAAAACAUUAUAGCUUUUCUAGACUCCGAGAGUUAACUGUUUUUGCGAAUGAUCUCAAAGAAUUGAGAUACACUCCUGCAAAAUACGAUAAACAGUGGCUAAAUAAUCCUGAGUUGUAUGAAAAAUUAAGGUUUUAUUCGUACGUGGAAAUUGGGUUAUACGAAAGGAAAGCAAUUGAACGUAUUGAAAAUAUUUAUAGCCAAGAAGAUAUUAGUUUAAUAAACAUUCCUCCAGGAUCUGCGUUUGAUGAUUAUAUGGCUAAUCAACUAUUCGACACUAUUUCCUUUGACGAUUAUUAUGCGAUAAGAAUUUUUUUGUCUAAUCCUAAUGCAAACACAGAUAUUGAUACUCCUGAUGUUUGGAGAAUAAAAAAAGCUAUGUAUAGCUUAGCAAUUCGACAGUACGAUUCAUUUAAAAAAGCAGAAAACAAGCAAAUAAUACUGUAUUGCAAAAGAACGAAUGACAUUCAGAAAACCACUUUCGUUAAUUUAAAGCAUAAAAUGAUUUCAACUAAUGCAUUUCUGUAUUGCAAUGAAGACAGUAGUGAAUGGGAUUAUUAUUCUCAAAUUUUAUCUGAAGAAAAUGAAUCCCAUAUACCUGUCUCUUUGCAAUUUUUUAAAAUAAUACUGAAUGAUCCAUUUUUAGCCAUUGAUGUGAAAAACAUUGAUGCACAUUCCAAGCAUUACAUAAUUCUUCCUUCAACUAAGUUCAGAUUUAUUGAGGAAAAAUUUACUUUUAUUCAGCAAACUAAUAUUCAUUGUUUAAUUAUGAAGUCCCCUAGUCAUAAAAUUAUAAUCCAUAAAGACUGGUUGGCUACAGUAGCAAAUAAAGUUUCAUAUUAUGAAGAUAAAAUUAAUGGUAAAGAUAUGUCUGAGCUUUUUGAGCGAUUGCAUUGCAAAUAUUAAAUAUAAUAAGAGGCUUACAAUUACAAUAGAAGUUAAAAAUAAUAUUCUGAUUAAUUUUCGCACGUUUGUGUGUAUAUUUUUGUAACAUUUAUGUUGUACUCUUUCAGUUGGAAUGUACUCAAUGCCGGCAAAAAUUAUUUAUAGGAAAAUAUUCUAUAAUUUUUUUAAAGUAUAAUAAUUUUCUUCAAUGUUACAAUAUUUUGACAAUGUAUCUUUGUUUCAAAAACGGCAUUAAACCGUCUUUAAAAUGUACAUUACUGCGCAUAUGUACUUUUUUGCAUAAAUUAAAUAUGUUUAAAAAAAUUA